AUGGACGGAGGAGCGAAGAAACUGCUCGAGUCCGUCACUCACGAAACUCUUCAUGCUCACAGCUUCUCUCGCUCCUCUACUCAGGCGACACUCGUCUUAACCGACCUCCUUUCUCGUUAUCUCGCGCUCUUGACCACAACAUGUGCAAAAUACGCGGAACACGCAGGGAGGUUGAGUCUGAGUCUCAGGGACGCGGUGUCCGCUCUGGAUGAGCUAGGUGUUGGUGUGGAUGAGCUGAGUGAAUAUUGUGCAGUGGAAGGGAGGGAUCUAGCGCGUUACAACACCCGUUCCGCGAGGAGAGUAGAAGACUUGAAUGAAUUCAAGGCUUCCCUUCAAUAUGGUCUAAAGGAGGAUCGUGACGAUGCUAUCUCACUUGUAUACGCGCGUGUUCCAAGUCCGUUUUCAUCUGAGUACGACAGCGACGAAGAGGCUAGUGAACUCGAAGAGGAAGGUCUCCUAGGGGAAGGGCUCCAGGGCACCCUUGAUGGAAUGGAUGUAGAUGUUUCCGCUUCUGAAGAGUCGGCAUGGCUGAGAAGCAGACAGGAUAAUCUCAAUGCACCACCACCGGUAUCCCCACCUCUGCCACUGUCACCUAUUUCUAACCCCUCUACACCACCCCGUAAACGACAGCGUACAGCGAAAUGGAGGCCACCUUCUUACAUACCCGACCACUUUCCUCCAUUCCCCACAGACUCCCCGCGACAUUCUCCUACUCCUCCGCAAGAUAUUCCUCUUCCCUCGAAUGUAGUCAAGCUUGAACGACCCACGACCCCUCCUCCUCCAAUUGCCGCAUCCACAUCAUCGGCAGAUUAUCUUACACCAAUUCCUUAUUCGCAGUCGUUACUUGCAUCACAGCCAUCGCAACACCUUCCUUCGCCUCCCUCUGAUACUCAUGAACUAGCUGGUCAAUUGCAGCCGCCAUUGCCUCUGCCUCUUGUUCAGCCCGCACUAUUAGGAGCCUAUCACCAUGUCUUGACGCAUCCACCGCCCCCCAAUGUGACUUCUGUCAAUCCCUCCCGCUACAAGGUGGCGUUAGCCUAUCUCUCUGAGGCUGAAGUACGUCCCCGCUGGGACCCAGCACCGACUGUAUUUUCCAGUGUCGUACCCAGUGCUCCGCGCGUCACUGCAAUGGGGCCAACAUAUCCGGUUCCAAUAUCCAAGUUGCCACCAACGCCUGAUGGCAAGGAAGCGGAUUUGGACAAAGACCGAAAGUCGAAUUUACCCUCGGUGCCUCCAAAACCAGUUGUCUCAUCUGAGCGUGUUACGCCACUGCUCAGUCAACAAGUAUCUCGACUUCCUGGUCUGGCUCGCCAGGUCCUCCCUGGCUCUGUUUAUAAUCGUACCACUCGUCUAGCACAUCCGCCAAUUCUACAACGGGGGUCUCAAAAACUCACAUACGGACCUGGAGUGAGUGCGCCAUGGAACACGAACGCGUCUACACCGCCAGCUCCAGCAGUUACGACGAAGGGCAAAGAUGGAGGCCUCACGAAUGGCAAGGAGGUUGAUGUGCCAGCAAAAUCGCUUCCUGAUGCGCGCCUUUAUGCGACGUGGGAUUUCGAGCAGAAGCGUUGCCAUGAACCGCUUGUGGUACGAAGGGGCAGGGCUGGACUUCGGAUCAGUGAUACUCGUCACUAUGGCACUCAGCAGGGGCGACAAAAGGCAGUAGCUGUGACCCGUCGCGGGUUUCACUUUCAUCUUCAUCUUCAUCCUCUCUUCUCAUUCUGCUCCUCCGGUAGGGCUUUGGCUUGCUCAGGUUUCCGCUCCUCGUCAAUCAUUGCCGCUGUCGUUCUCGCCAUGCGUUCGUUCCUGAGCUUUACCUUCUUGCUGGUCACCUUGCUCGCAAGUCGAGCACUUGCUUUAAACAUCAGUGUCGGUGGGUCCGUGGGGACUGUCCCCGCCAGCCAGUUCCUUACAGUCAACGACGCCAACUUAACGAAUGCUUGUCAAACACAAUGUUCUCCGGCCAACAAAGCUAUUCAGGCAUGCGGUACAAGCAACACCUGCCUCUGCGAUAGCGCGACGGUUACUCUCAUUACGGCCUGCGAGCAAUGUAUGUUCGAUGAGUUGAUCGCCCAGAAUUUGCCAAUGGUAGAUCCCAGGGCUGGCUCUGCCACUGCGCUGACCGCCUACCAGACCGCCUGUCUUGAUGCCGUCAAUGUCACUGUUCCCACUUCAGAGAUCACCUUGACUCUUCCUACGGAUUGGGAUGGUCCAUUUGAACAACGACUUGGUGUCCCUGCUACGGUUUUCACCGUGUUCAUGGCCUUAGUCCUUGCCUGCGGUAGCGUCUAUGUGAUCAAUACCAUGUAG